GCGUAAAAUAAAUAUUUAUCUCGCGUACAUACUACGGAUUGGGUUUUAGACUAAGUAUUGUCAAGUUUGUAUCUAAUUCGACAAGCAUUUCAUUUGAAACAAUUUUUCAGAAAGCUGCUACAACAAACCGUCAAACUUACUUAACUUGUUCAAACGAGAUGAAGCACGGUUGGUUGGUUACAACAAACUCAGCCGUCAAACUUCGCCCACUUUGCGCAGAUAGUUUUGUGCAGCCUGAUUAAACUUUCAAACUGAAUUUUAUGCUUACAAUAAAAAUUAGCAAUUAAUUUUUUUAUGGUAAAUACAUCAAAAAGCGUGAUCAGCAAUUCAAUAUAACUUCAAUAUCUAAUUUUUAUUUUUAUUUUUAGUUUGAUGAGUAAAUUUAUUUUUUGAAGAACUGUUGUAUUUGUUAGUUGACCUGACCUCGACGCUUCAAAAAAGCUAAGAAGUUCUAUUUGUCGAGAGUUUUACAUUUUAUUAAGAGAAAUGAGAGACUAGCGAGAGACUAGGAACUUCUUUUUAAAAAUAUAAUAACUUGAAUGUGUGUUAAAUUUUAAAACUUUAUGAAAAGUAUUGACUUCAUUAGCGUUAGCAAUGUUGCGCUAUGAAAUUAUUUUUAUUUUGGCGCUUCAUUGUUGCUGCAAUGUGAAGGCUCGAAUAAAUGAAAAUGACGAAAUUCUUGCAGAAAUUAUUCCAACCACCAAUCAAAAACAAAGGCGAAACCAAGUUAAUGAGUAUAUUCAAUCAAACAAACCAAACAACCAAUAUCAAAAUUUAAACGGUAUUUCUACAAUUAAUGUUCCAGUUAGUACAACAAUAAAAGACGGGGCAUUUAGUGGUAAAAAUGACGCAUAUUCUAUUGCUAGCGAUGUUGACAAAUACGGACUUUACGAAUACACAUCAGAUAACACUGGGAUGGCAGAUCAACUUAGAAAACUUAUUAAUAUAGUUCAUCAUGGCGACGAAAACGGAAUGUCGCAAGACCAUAUAUUAGAAAAUCAAGCUAAUCAGAUGAAUGCUAAAAUAAAUAGGUACAUUGAAAGCAGUAUGGACACAAGACCAACAAUUGACCCGCUUGAAUCACCUAUUGGCUUCAAUUCUGUUAGCCCAACAGUCGCACCGAUAGUAAACAGCCAAAAUAGCGACGUUGCAGUUAUUACUAUUCCUAACUCAAUGACGAUCGAAGAUGAACAUGGUAGAGAAAUAGAUACAAUAAAAGAAGACAAAUGGUUAAAUGAGAACACAAUUAAAGAGAACUAUUCCGCAGAUUUACAACCCGCUAAAAACGUUUCAGUAGAUUUACUUAAGGAAACUGCUAAUUUUGUUAGUCCACAAACUGUUACCAACCGAGAACAACCAAGACCAACCGUAAGUUUAAUUCACCAUGAUCCUACAACAUCUUUAACGUUCAAAUUGUACAAGGCUUUAAAAACAAACAAAAAUUUUUUGAAAAACGCUCAAAAGCUACUAUCUAGUAUGCAAGAGAAUGAACUCAACACAUUUGAAAAAAAUAAAUCUGCUUUGGAUUUGAUAAAAGAUCCGUUGAGUACUGAAUUGAAACAAAGUUAUUCAACGAAAGUUAAUGACAUCAGACAUGACGAAAAUUUGCGUCACGAGUCAAAAGGCUUAAUAGAUAAUACAAAUAUACGCUUGUUUAAAGUAAUCAAAAAACUGUUUAACAACCAAGCAGAACCAAACACCGAAAGGGAUUCAAAGCCAUCACAAAAGAAAUUGUUUAAUCAUGCGGAAGUUUUUAACCAACAACGAAAAGUAGAACUCGAACCAGAUAGUAAAAGCAACGCAAAAGUUCGUUUAACAAUAAGUAAAGAAACUUCUGAGAAUCAAGAAGUCAAUUCAAUAAAUGGGAACUCGCAGAAUGGAAACUUACAAAGUGGAUUAAGCAAAGCUGAAGAAAGUCAAAAUGAAGACAGAAAUAGAUAUGAAGAAACAUUGCUUGCUAAAAACAAAAGCGAAAAAGAAAUAAAUCAGCAACUUCUAAAUGAAAUCAAAAAACUUUUAAAAAAUGAAAGUGUUGAAACUUCUCAAGAUGAAGAAUCUAACCAUGAAGAGAAAGAAGAAGAAAAACUAGGCACUAAUGUUUACGAUUUUUUAAAAAAUACAGACGAGUUAAAAACAUUUUUAAUAAAAAAUACUAAUGGAAAGUCUAAUUCAGAAUGGAUUAAAAAAUUUUCAAAGCUAGGGACUGAGUUUCCGCCCAAUCCAGUUAAGGAAUCAAAUUUUACCUAUGCUAAUUCAAUUUCAAACAUUGCAAAGAUAGACGAAAAAACAAAUUCAAAAACAAAUUUUAUAAAUGAAGGUAACACAAAAGAUGCCGCAAUUAACGAUAAUGAAAUUAAACAGGACAACGAAAGGCUGGAUGAAGAAUUAAAUGAAAUUGAACGCCAGAAAGAAUUACUUAAAGAGAAAGAAAAAAAAUUACAAAAAUUGAAAGAAGAAAUUAAAAAUAAACAAACUAAAAUUAACUACAAAAUAAAAAAUAAAGAAAUAAAAGAUAAAGAAAAAUCGGACUCUAAUCAAAAAAUUAAACAGAAUAUUAAUGAAUCUAAAGAAAAAAACUUAAAACAAGUUUCAAGUUUAUUAGAGUCACACACAAAUGCGCAGCAAGGACUUUUGAAUAACGAAGAACAACAAUACUUAAGAAAAAAGUUACUUAGAAAAAAUCGUUUAAACCUAAAAAAAUAUGACUCUGAAAAUACCGAAAAAACUAAAAACAAACACUCUAAAUUGAUAUUCACUUCCGAAAGAAGAACAUCGGAUUCUUCAUUUGACUCUGCAAAGCAAAACUCUUUGAAACUACCAAUUAAUAACCCAAAACCAAGCUUAUCUGAUUCAUUUGUGCCCCACGCAAAGUUUUACAAUGAUAAUGAUAAAGCUAACGAACCGAAUAAUGUUAUAAAAGAAUCCAGUAAUGAUGUGCAAGAAAAACCUUUAUUUUUCUUAAAAAAAUUUGAUUCUAAUUUAGAAAAUUCGUGGAUUUCAAACCGUCAUAACCUCAUUUCCUCUGCAUCUACAGAUGCAUUAGGUGAAACCAAAGACUUUAUUUUAACAACGACAAAAGAUAAUAAAAAUGAUAAAAGCAAAGAAUUAAAUAAAAACAUGAAUGAAAUAGGAAAAGCCUCCUUGAUUUCGCCAAGUAAUCUUAUAAUUAGAAAUAACACUCAAUAUAUUCAAACAUACAAUCGUGUAAGCGAUAAAUCUUCAGAAAGGCGAAAGUUAUCAGAAAAUCAAUCUCUAUUAAAUUUUGCAUCUCUACGUAUUCCUCAAGAUCGUAAUUUUACUACAAUUGAUGAUAAAACCAUUAAAACUGACGAAGAUAUUAGCAGAAAAAGGUUUAUAAAACCAAUUUCCAUCAAUAAAAUGGUUGAUGUUGCAGCCUAUAAAAAAAGUUUUAGCGAAACUCCUGAUAAUUUAGAUAUCAAUGAAGAUACGCCAGAGUUGUCUUUGAAAGAAAAAGUGAAUGAAACGCUUCACAGUGAAGAACCUGCAAAUUACACAAUGGAGUUAAGACCAAACUUAACAUCAGUAUCAGAAGAUAACACCAAUAAAACAGAAAGUCAACUUUAUAAACCAAUUAUUCCUCAACAUGCUGUUUUUAAAAAGAAAAAACAUUCUAGGAAGUUCCAUCACUUAACACCACGCGUGAUGAAACACUUUACACCUCUAAUAAAUGAAAGAAAUGUCAUUGUCCCUGAUUUAACUUACAAAAAGUUUACAGACAACGCUUGGUUCAAAGAUGAAGAAAAUGAUGACACUGAUCCAGCUGAUAUCACGAGAUCAAUCCUCCCAAAAGUUGAUUUUCAUUUUAGGAAAAAUAUUUCAAAUAAAAUUCCAAUAGAAGCUGUAUUUGAUAUUAUAGGCUCAGACAAUAAUAGAAGAGAUAGUAUUCUUAAUAUUCCUGUUGAAAUAGUUAGAGAUCCAAUUGAAGUUCUUAAAAACAAUAAAAAAAUACAUAUUGAAAUAAUAAAAACUUUUCCCAACCUACUCCGCAAAAUAGACAAACCAUUAGAGGCGAACAAUGAUCGUGAUAAAAUAAUACUGUUUAAUCUAACAAAUACUAAAGAUAUUAAAACUAAUAAUUAAAUGAUAAACUAUAUCAACUUUGAAAGUAGAUAAAAAAUAUCGAUAAGCAUUUUCAAAUAAGAAUUCAAAUUUAGUAAUUAUCACCCGUAAACAUUAUUGUUGAUUUCAAUAUAAAGUAAAUAAAUUGUUUUUAAUAUAAA